UGUAAUUAGCCAUUUAAUUUGUUUUGAUAUGAGCACUUUAACAAAGCCUAGCAUACCAAGUUUUUCUUCCAUUUGUACUUAUUUAUCAAACCAAAGACUCCUAACAUUUCGUCUUGUCUUAGUCCUCCUCAUCUUCUUCCCUUUAAUCCUCCUUAAUGCUAUCUUCCCCUUUCAUCAACUCAUCAAUGUCAUCUUCCUCCGAACACACAACUCUUUGGGGUUGGUGUCUACUCCACAAGAAGUCAAACUCCCAAAGUGGCUUGAGGUCAUUCAAGGGAUCCACCCAAUGUACCCUAAGGAGCCCUUGAGGGUAGGUUUGAUCAAUUUCGACGACGAUCCAGAGCAAUCCCACCUAAUACAAUUAGGUGGGAUUGCGGAGUCUAUAACCAUAACCAUAACCAUAACCAUCGACGCCGUCUCUCCUAAUAUCACAUGGAAGAAUGUCUUCCCUGGGUGGAUAAAUGAGAUGAACCCUAAAGGAACAUGCCCUGAAAUCCCAAUGCCGGAGCUAGGGAAGUAUGUUGGCCUAGAUGUAGUGGUCGCACAUUUGCCUUGUGGGGGUGAUCAACAGAAAGAGGUGACAAAUAGUCGUUGGAAAGAUGGGAUUAGAGAUGUUCAUAGGCUACAACUAAGCUUAGCAACAGCUAAAGUUAUAGUAGAGAAUAAUAAUGGAACAAGUAGCAAAGAUAAUAGUGAUGUUUAUGCUGUGUUUAUAACCAAAUGUGAGCCUAUGGUAGAGAUAUUUAGUUGUGAUGAUUUGAUAUGGCAUAGAGGGGAUUAUUGGGUGUAUAAGCCUAAGGUUGAGAAGUUGAAAAAGAUUAUUAACAUGCCUGUUGGAAGUUGUGCUCUUGCUCAUUCGUAUACUAAAGAUUCAGGUAGUAAGCAGUUUCAAAGCAAAGCUGAUAAUUUGCCUGAUGAGCUUCAACUAACAAGUUCACUAAGUCCCCACAAGUCAAGAGAAGCCUAUGUAACGGUUCUUCACUCAUCACAAUAUUACGUUUGUGGAGCAAUAACUCUAGCACAAAGCAUACUCCAAACUAACACCACUAAGGACCUAGUCCUCCUUGCGGAUCGUACCAUCUCUAAGCAUUCGAGACAAGGCCUUGAAGCCGCGGGCUGGAAGGUAAAGCGAAUUGAUCGUAUAAGAAGUCCUAACGCCAAGGUAGAUGCCUACAAUGAAUGGAACUAUAGCAAGCUUAGAGUGUGGCAAUUGACCGAUUAUGACAAGGUUAUGUUCAUCGACUCUGACUUCAUUGUACUUCAUAACAUUGAUCAUUUUUUCGACUACCCACAACUCUCAGCAUCACCUAACAAUAAGUGGCUCUUUAACUCCGGAAUCAUGAUCCUAGAGCCAUCAGAGUGUUUUUUUGACAAUCUUAUGAGUAAGCGAUAUACUUUGAAGUCUUACAAUGGUGGAGAUCAAGGGUACUUAAAUGAGAUCAUAACUUGGUGGCAUAGAUUAACUGUGAAAUUGAACUUCAUGAAGUAUUUUCCAAAGGAAUUUGGUGAUGGACCGCGAAUUAUUCCUGAGGACCAAUACACUAUCCACUUCUUAGGGAUGAAACCAUGGACAUGUUAUAGAGAUUAUGAUUGUAAUUGGAACAGAGAAGAUUAUCAUAAUUUUGCAAGUGAUGAAGUGAAUGCAAGGUGGUGGCAAGUGUAUGAUGCAAUGCCUAAGGAGUUGCAACCUUAUUGUGGUAUGACAGAAGAAGCGGAUGCAAGGUUACGUGAAUUGAGAGCCAAUGCUGAAGAAGCAGAGCUUGAAGAUGGGCAUUGGAGGAUUGAGCUUAAGGAUCCUAGACAGUUCAAUUUGAUCAAGUCAAUAUGAUGAAAUGCUUUUUUUUUUUAUUCGUUAUUCAGAUAGAGGUUUUAACUUGAUGAUCGACCUUUAAUAAUUUCACUGUAUGACAAUAUUUCUUUUAUUUUAGGGUAAGAUGAAGUUUCUUGCAAGGAAGGGGGAGAAUUGGGGAUCCCUCCUGAGUCUCUGGAGAUCGAAGGUGAUGCCAACACCACUAGGCUAUCACGUGCUGCUUUCAUUAUAUGACAAUAUGUUAUAUAUAAUAGUACUAGUAAUAUGGUGGCACGUAUAUAGCUCGUAUGUGAUACGUAUACGAAUUAGCCUUUAGGGUUCAUAUGCACGAGGCUAAGGGUUUAUGCAUCCCCUUAAUCCUGCCUAAUCAUGAUUGUAAGCACCGCAAAUCACUUUCACUUUGUGGUUUGGAAAAUGCACCCCAAGUAUG